CGAGGCCGUCGUGGCGCUGUUUGCGCGACUGUGUUUGGUGAUGGCCCCGUUCGCCGUGCUCGACGCGUGGCAGACCGUGCUGGAGGGCGCUCUGCGCGGCCUCGGCCUCCAGAGGCGGGCCUCGACGGUGAAGCUGGUGUCGAUGGUGGCGGUGCGGCUGAUCGGGGCCUACCUGCUCGCCAUCUGGCCCGUGCGCCUCGGCGUGGUGGGCAUCUGGCUCGCGGGCACGCUCGGCAUGGUCGUGACCCUCAUCUGGAAGACCUGCCAAAACGGACUGAGCAUGCGGUACUGGGAUCGGCGCGGGGUCAGCUCGGGGGACGAGGGGGUCGCUUAGCACGGAUCGCUGCCCCCCCUGAGCCAUUCCGGGCACGUGCAGCUCGCUGAGGAGCUGGGUCUGGCCAUAUCUAGCCCACCUUGGCAUCCGCCGACAACCCCCUUCUCCCCUCAGCCAGCCCCCACUGCGAUCCCGGUAGGCUCGUGCCGCGUCGACGCAGCUGCGACCCCUCCGCGGACGCUCGAGGUGGAGCGCCGCCAGCGGCCCAGCGUCGGCCCACCUGGAACGAUCCGGCUAUCGAGGAGCGGCCGGCCGCCAGAGGUCGGGCGAUCAGCACGCCGUGCCAGAAGCCAACGCGCGGGCCGUCGCGAUGACCCGCCGAGAAGGCUCGGGAGUCUUCGCGCGGGUAGGGCUCCUGGGUCGGCGCUGGGCCCCGCUCCCCGCCUCUGGGCUGAAGAGACGGGGGUCAAUGCAAACGGGGGUCACGCUGGCAAGUUGGGAAGGCACCCAUCCUUACUCUCGAUUUCGACGGUAGGGUCACCCUGGCAGCUGCAGUCUGCUUUUGGGCCUUCGCCGUCGGGUACGGCCACAUAUGGCGCUCCACGAGCAUGGAGGUCAUCGCCCAGGGCGUCCAGGAGCGUCUGCGGCCCGCGCAGUCGCGGCCCCCGUCCAGCGAGCUCGCCUCGGCGUGACGGGCCCCGGGCUCCGAGGCACUCCGGGCAAAGCCGUGGCCCGCGUCGGCCGCGGACGCGAAGAGGUCGCUCUGCACGCGCGCUGCCA